UGUUUUUUUUUUGCUUGUUUCCAGUAAUCAAACAUGGCGGCUGCAGCUAUCGUAGACGAUUCGGCGCCCAUGAAAAUGGAGGUCGAUGUAGUGUCGAAAGGAGACGGGCUGAAGCAGUACUACAUAACUAAGAUAGAAGAGCUCCAGCUCGUGGUCUCCGACAAGACCCAAAACCUGAGGCGAUUGCAAGCGCAAAGAAACGAACUCAAUGCCAAAGUGAGAAUGCUUCGUGAAGAGCUGCAGUUGCUUCAAGAACAAGGAUCCUACGUUGGUGAAGUGGUCAAACCAAUGGACAAAAAGAAAGUGCUCGUCAAGGUCCACCCUGAAGGAAAAUUUGUGGUAGACAUUGACAAAAACAUUGACAUUGCUAAUGUAACCCCCAACAGCAGGGUAGCUCUGCGGAAUGACAGUUACACACUACACAAGAUAUUGCCAAACAAGGUGGACCCACUGGUAAGCCUUAUGAUGGUAGAGAAGGUGCCCGACUCUACUUAUGAAAUGGUGGGAGGCCUCGACAAACAAAUCAAAGAGAUCAAGGAGGUUAUUGAACUGCCUGUCAAGCACCCUGAGCUCUUUGAAGCACUGGGCAUUGCACAACCUAAGGGUGUGCUGCUGUAUGGACCUCCUGGUACUGGCAAGACGCUGCUGGCACGAGCCGUCGCUCACCAUACCGACUGCACUUUCAUCCGUGUCUCUGGAUCAGAGCUUGUACAGAAGUUUAUAGGAGAGGGCUCACGGAUGGUGCGUGAGCUCUUUGUCAUGGCAAGGGAGCAUGCGCCGUCUAUCAUCUUUAUGGAUGAAAUUGACUCCAUUGGAUCAUCCCGUAUUGAUGCUGGCUCGGGUGGUGACAGCGAGGUCCAGAGGACCAUGCUGGAGCUUCUGAAUCAACUGGACGGUUUCGAGGCAACCAAGAACAUCAAGGUGAUCAUGGCCACCAAUCGUAUCGACAUUCUUGACCCCGCACUUCUGAGACCUGGCAGGAUUGACCGAAAGAUCGAGUUCCCUCCGCCGAAUGAAGAGGCACGUCUAGACAUCCUGCGCAUCCAUUCACGCAAAAUGAACCUGACGCGAGGCAUCAACCUGCGCAAGAUUGCAGAGAUGAUGCCUGGUGCAUCAGGAGCUGAAGUCAAAGGUGUGUGCACCGAGGCAGGCAUGUAUGCCCUGCGGGAACGACGCGUCCAUGUCACUCAAGAGGAUUUUGAGAUGGCUGUUGCUAAGGUGAUGCAGAAGGAUGCAGAGAAGAACAUGUCUAUCAAGAAACUCUGGAAGUGAGGAGGUGGAAGUGUACAUAAAAGCAAGAGGGGCUCGCUGAACUGCCUGUUAUUUAGCUUUGGGAGGCACCGCAGGUAUGAGCUACUGUUUAGAAAAUUAAAGACCUGUGCUUCUUGUGUA